UUUGUUUUUUUCCUUUUUUAGAUGAGGGUUUAUGGGAUAUUUUGAUAAAGGACAUUCCAAAAGAGGUGACAUCCUACACAUUUAAUAUGGAGAUGCUGAAACAAGGGGUCAGCUAUGACUUCAGGGUCAUUGGGGUGAAUGACUAUGGCUAUGGCUCUCCAAGUUCACCCUCUCCAUCCAUCUCAGCUCAGAAGGUGGCUCCAUUCUAUGAGGAGUGGUGGUUCCUUGUUGUGGUGGCUUUGGUGGGACUCAUCUUUAUUCUCCUACUUGUCUUCAUUCUUAUUAUCCGUGGCCAAAGCAAGAAAUAUGCAAAAAAAUCGGACUCAGGGAACAACUCAAACUGUAACGCUUUAGGUCAUGGAGAGAUGGUCAGCUUGGAUGAAGGACGAUUUCCAGCACUUGAACUUAACAAUCGAAGACUGUCUGUCAAGAACUCCUUUUGUCGCAAAAAUGGAGUGUACACCAGGUGA